AUGGGAGCCUGGAGUCACGACGCCUUCGGCAACGACACCGCCUGCGACUGGGCGCAGGACCUGGUCGACACGUCCGACCUGUCGCUGGUCGCGGAUGCCAUCGCUGCUGCACUGCCCCAGCCGGGCGACGACCUCGACGCCGAUGCCGCCUGCGAGGCGCUGGCGGCGAUCGACGUCAUCGCGCGGCUGCGUGGCCAUCCGGGCUUCAGCAACAGCUACACCGAGGCCGUGGACGACUGGGUCGCCAGCACCCGUUUGCGUCACGUAGCCGCCAGCCAGCAGGUGCUCGGACGAGAAGAAGCUGCGCACGCCGGCAUCGAACUCCUCGCAGACGCGGUUCAGCCGCAUCUCCCAAUCGGCGCUGCGAAGCACCAUGACAAAGUCGUCGCCGCCAAUGUGUCCGACGAAGUCGAUCUGUGGGUCGGCCGCGCGGGUGAGCACGCGGGCGGCGAGGCGGAUGAUGUCGUCGCCGAUGCGGUAGCCGUAGACGUCGUUGAAGGGCUUGAAAUGGUCGAUGUCCCAAACCGCCGCGAGAAAGCUCUCGCCACCCUCGAUGAGCCGGUCCAGGUCGGACACGGCCUUGAGCAGAUCGGAGCAGCGGCCCGAGCCGUGAUAGGCGCCGUCGCGCGUGACGAUGAAGCCAUCGAGCGUGAGGCUUUGCAAGGGCUGCGAGAGCGGCCCGGCGUCCAGCCGCUGCCAGGCGUCGGCCCAGGCGGCGAGGUCACCGUUGAGGAGGGGUUCGGUCAGGCGGGCGUCGACCGUGAUGGCGGUCGUGGCCGGGCUGGCGCGGCCGAUGUCGCCGAUCCAGACGGAGUUGAUCGCAUGCUCGCCGCGGGUCUCGCGGUCCGCAUUCAGCCGGUGCCCGUGCAGCAGCAUCUGCGCUUCGUUCUGCCAGCGACGCAGCACCCGGCUGUCCGGCAGCCAGGGCUCGAUGGGGCGGCCAGCCGCGCGUUCGAUGCUGGCCGCUUGCAGGCCGUCCAGCGCCGUUGCAUGGCCGAUGGCCCAGCGCGUGGCAUCCAGCAGCCGCCAGUGCCAGCCUUCGGCUUCGGGCCACAGCUGCUUCAGCAGGUCGACGAAGCGCGCGGCAUCGGACUCCGACAGGCGCAGCGCGGCGGGCGGCAGCACGUCCACGCCGUCCGUGCCCACCGCGAGGGGCAGCUGAGCGGCCUGGAGGCCGAGCAGCGACUGGCCACACUGCAAGGCCAGUUGCUCAAGCGCCUGGCCGAUGACGUGGACCGCCGCGUCAAGGCGGGCGAUCUCGCGCCGGCCGACGCCAUGGCUGCACGCGCCGAAUGGCUGGCCAGCCAGGCCCAGGAGGCCGAGGCACAGCAGAAGCUGCGUGCCCAGCAGGCGCAAUGGCAACUGCUGACCGGCCUGGCCAUCGCCGCUGAACCCCAGCCAUCGCAGCCCGGAACCGCCUUCAACCUCGACGAGGCCCACCCCGAGCUGCAACUGGCGGCGCGCGCCGUCGAACGUGCCCAACGCAAGCUCGCCCUGGUGCAGGCCCAGCGGGGCGACGGCCCCGAGCUGGGGCUGAACCUGCGCCAGGAACGGCCCGGCCAGGGCAACGCCACGCAAAACAGCGUUGGCAUCGCGCUGCGCCUGCCCUUCGGCACGGACACCCACGCCCAGCCGCGCAUCGCUGCGGCGUUGACCGAGGCGGACAUGGCACUGAUCCAGCAGCUGCGCACCCGCGACCGGCUGGCGACCGAGCUGGAACUGGCCCGUAGCCAAUUGCUCGGUGCCGAAACGCAGGCUCAGCUGGAGGCCCAGCGCGCCGCCCUGCUGCGCGAGCGAGCCGGUCACAUCGACAAGGCCUUCAAGGCCGGCGAAUCCCCGCUCCCCGAACUGCUGCGCGCCCUCAGCGCCGCUGCGCAGGCCGAAGCCGCCAGCGAACGCCAGCAAGCCCAUCUGCGCCUGGCCCAAGCGCGACUCCAACAAGCCCAAGGACUGCUCCCAUGA